GAGACUAAAGUACUCUCGUUGAAUUUGAAUGAGCAAUCAAAUCUCCGGGUGGGUGACAAAUCCACCAUUGUUGAUGAUAUGCUCAUAAACUUUAUACAUAAAGACUCCGAUCGAGAGAGAAACUUUAUUAUACAUAAUCACAGCUUCAUAACCCUAAAAUCCCAUUUCCCAUAAUAAUGACUACCAUCCAAACGCUGCCUCUCCGCCCCUUCCCUCUCAAAACCCCAUCCAAACCCCUCCUCCCAAAACCGUCCCUUUUCAAAAUCACCGCCCGAGCCAACCCGCCCAUCUCCGGCCGCAAGCUCCGGGCUGCCGUGGUAGGCGGUGGCCCCGCCGGUUCCUCGGCCGCCGAGGUCCUGGCACGCGGCGGCGUCGAGACGUUCCUCUUCGAGCGCAGCCCCGACGCAGCCAAGCCCUGCGGCGGCGCCAUCCCGCUCUGCAUGCUGGAUGAGUUCUCCAUCCCGCCGGAGCUCAUCGACCGGAAAGUCACCCAAAUGAAGAUCAUCUCCCCCUCCAACCUCACCGUCGACUUCGGCAAAACCCUAAAGCCCCACGAGUUCAUCUCCAUGCUCCGCCGCGAGGUGCUCGACUCAUUCCUCCGCUCGCGCGCCGAGUCCACCGGUGCCACCCUCGUCAAAUCCCUCGUCACGAACGUCGAGCUUCCCUCCUCACCCGGCGCGCCGUACGUCGUCCACUACGCCAUCGACGGCUCGCGCCGGACGCUAGCCGUCGACGUCGUCGUCGGUGCGGACGGAGCGAACAGCCGAGUGGCGAAGUCGAUAAACGCCGGGGAUUACUCCUGCGCCAUCGCCUUCCAGGAGCGGAUAAAGCUGCCAGACGACAAAAUGGGGUACUAUCUAAACCUAGCGGAGAUGUACGUCGGGAACGACGUCUCCCCGGACUUCUACGCCUGGGUUUUCCCCAAAUGUGACCACGUGGCGGUUGGAACCGGCACGAUCUGCUCGAAGAAGAACAUCAAGCUGUACCAACACGGCAUCCGAUCGAGAGUGAAGCCGAAGAUCGAGGGCGGGAAGGUGAUCAAGGUCGAAGCCCAUCCAAUCCCGGAGCACCCGCGGCCCAUUAGGGUUCGAGGUCGGGUGGCCCUGGUGGGGGACGCGGCGGGGUACGUGACGAAGUGCUCCGGGGAGGGGAUAUACUUUGCGGCGAAGAGCGGGCGGAUGUGCGGCGAGGGGAUCGUGAGGGCGUCGGAGGGCGGGGAGAGGAUGAUCGAAGAGGAGGAUUUGAGGAGGGAAUACUUGAAGGAAUGGGACAAGAAGUAUAUCGGGACGUUUAGGUUCUUGGAUGCGUUGCAGGCGGUGUUCUAUGGAAGCAACGCCGGGAGGGAGGCACUGGUGGAGCUCUGCGGGGACGAGUAUGUGCAGAGGAUGACAUUCGAGAGCUAUCUGUACAAGAAGCUGGCGGAUGGGAAUCGGUGGGAGGAUGCUAGGAUGGUGGCGAACACCAUUGGGAGCUUCAUCAGGUGCAAGCUCCUUGCCAAAUGAACUCCCCCUUGUUUUCCUUUUCUCCUUCUUCUUCCUUAAUAAUAAUAAUAAUAAUAAUAAUUAAAAAAAAAAAAAAAGGUGACUUCCAAGUUCAAAAGGCAGUUGUGUGCCACACUAAAAAUUACCCAAUUCCACAAGGCUAGCCAUAUUGUUAUACAUCUACAAAUCUCAUUAACUCAAAUCAUCCUUAAAUCCAAAA